GUUAUUACUUGGAUCAUGAAAACGAAGGAGACGGUAAAGAGCAAGUGCAGAAUACGUUGAUUAGUAACAGUUCAACUUAAAUGUCAUUUAAUUGAAUGGUUUAAAAUGGGUGAUUCAUUAGAUGGGUCCGGAGAUCCUUCUCCAGAAUCUCAAAACAUUGCCAUUGUUGAUUAUUCAACAUUUGUGAAUUAUCUGCGAAAAAUUGUUAAGAUUCUUCUUCCUGAUGAAGAUGAGGUGCCACCCAAUUUUAACCUCACUCUUGAGGAUAAGAAUAGUCAAGAGUCAAUAAGAAAAUUUAUAAGCGAUACACAAGUUUGGGCUCUUUAUAUUCAGAGAAGUUCCAGCAAAGAAGAAGACAAUGGCGAAAGUGAAGAUGAAAAAGAAAACAUUACUUUCUAUGUUUCUAAUGAAAUUCAUUUUACAAAUACAAAAAUGUCAUCUAUUGUUUUAAUAAAACGAGGCGCCCUAGUGGAAGCCGAUAAAGCAAUUCAUCCUCAAUUACGUAUUGUUACACUUUCUGAUGGCCCCGCUUAUGAAACUUUGCACGCUAUUAGUAAAACAAUGGCGCCAUAUUUUAAAAGCUAUGUAAAAGAAACUGGAAGAGCAGAUAGAGACGGUGAUAAAAUGGCGCCUUCCGUUGAAAAAAAAAUCGCCGAACUUGAAAUGGGUCUUUUGCAUUUGCAACAGAAUAUUGACAUUCCUGAAAUUUCUUUACCUAUACAUCCAGUUGUCUUACAGGUAAUUAAACAAUGCAGUGAUGAAAGCAGAAAACCAAAAGUAGCCGAUUUUGGAGAAAAAGUGGAAGAUUCAACAUUCCUUAAUCAAUUACAAAAUGGCGUGAAUAGAUGGAUUAAAGAAAUUCAAAAGGUUACAAAAUUGAAUCGUGAUCCAGAAUCGGGUACAGCAUUGCAGGAAAUAUCAUUUUGGUUAAAUCUUGAAAGAGCGUUGCAUAGAAUUCAAGAAAAACGUGAAAGUUUGGAAAUUUCAUUAACUCUUGAUAUAUUGAAACAUGGAAAACGUUUUCAUGCAACUGUUAGUUUUGAUACUGACACUGGUUUAAAACAAACUCUUGCUACAGUAAAUGAUUAUAAUCCAUUAAUGAAAGAUUUCCCUAUCAAUGAUCUUUUGUCAGCAACUGAACUUGAAAGAAUUCGUUUAGCUGUUCAACAAAUUUUUACUCAUUUAAGAAAAAUUAGAAGCACUAAAUAUCCAAUACAAAGAGUAUUAAGAUUGGUUGAAGCAAUAUCUAGAGAUUUAGGACAACAAUUGCUUAAAGUGCUUGGAACUCGAAGAUUGAUGCAUAUUCCAUUUGACGAUUUUGAGAAAGUAAUGGGUCAAUGUUUCGAAGUAUUUAAUACAUGGGAUGACGAAUACGAUAAACUGACUGGUUUAUUGAGAGAUGUUGUAAAAAAGAAGCGCGAUGAACAUAUGAAAAUGGUUUGGCGUGUAUCGCCAGCGCAUAAAAAACUUCAAACAAGAAUGGAGCAUAUGCGUCGCUUUAGACGUCAACAUGAGCAAUUAAGAACAGUUAUUGUCCGUGUAUUGAGACCAACAGUCAGACAGAAUAAUAAUUCAACUAUCGAAAAUACUGAAGAUGAUAAUGUUGAAAUUGAAUUUGCAUUAGAUGCAGCCGAUGCAAAUGCAAUUGGAGAAGUUAAUUUUGCCUAUGAAAAUGUUAAAGAAGUUGAUUGUUUGGAUAUUACAAAAGAAGGUUUAGAAUCAUGGGAGGCUGCGGUACACAGAUAUGAGGAACGAAUUGAACGUGUUGAAGCACGUAUAACAGCACAUUUGAGGGAUCAAUUGGGAACAGCUAAAAAUGCUAAUGAAAUGUUUAGAAUUUUUUCCAGAUUUAAUGCUUUAUUUGUGAGACCUCAUAUUCGAGGAGCCAUACGCGAAUAUCAAACACAAUUGAUACAAAGAGUAAAAGACGAUAUUGAAGCUUUACAUGAAAAAUUCAAGGUUCAAUAUGGACAAAGUAAAUGUUGUAAAAUGAGUUUAAUAAGAGAUUUACCACCAGUUGCUGGUUCUAUUAUAUGGGUUAAACAAAUUGAUUAUCAACUGACAAUGUACUUAAAACGCGUGGAAGAUGUUUUAGGUAAGGGAUGGGAAAAUCAUAUUGAGGGACAAAAAUUAAAAGCAGAUGGUGAUAGUUUUCGUACAAAGCUUUCGACACAAGAAAUUUUUGAUGAAUGGGCUCGAAAAGUACAACAACGUAAUAUUGGCUUUACUGGUCGUAUUUUUACCAUUGAAAGUGUGCGCUCUCGAUUAGGCAGAGGAAAUGUAUUGAAACUGAAAGUAAAUUUUUUGCCAGAAAUUAUAACUCUUUCUAAAGAAGUGAGAAAUUUAAAAAAUCUUGGCUUUCGCGUACCACUGGCAAUCGUUAAUAAAGCCCAUCAAGCAAAUCAGCUCUAUCCAUUUGCGAUUAGUUUGAUUGAAAGUAUUCGAACUUAUGAGAGGACUUUAGAAAAGAUUGAAGAUAAAGGAAAUAUCAUUCCUCUAGUAGCUGGAAUGCGCAAAGAAGUUUUGGUUCUUAUUUCUGAGGGUAUUGCUCUAGUGUGGGAAAGCUACAAAUUAGAUCAAUAUGUACAACGACUAUCAGACGUUGUUGUCUCAUUUCAAGAAAGAGUUGAAGAUCUUUUAGUAGUUGAAGAACAAUUAGAUGUUGAUGUGCGUUCAUUGGAAACAUGUCCAUAUUCAGCAAAUACAUUUGCCGAUAUUUUGUCAAAAAUACAAAAAUCCGUUGAUGAAUUGUCAUUGAAAAACUAUUCUAAUUUACAUAUAUGGGUGACAAAACUUGAUGAAGAAGUUGAAAAAAAUUUAGCAACUAGAUUAGAAGCUGGCAUAAAAGCAUGGACCGACGCUCUUAUGGGUCAUAAGAAAGAAAUUGAUUUAAGUAUGGAUACAGAUGCUCCCACUCUACCAACUCAUAAAUUAGGCGGUGAUCCUAAAAUUCAAAAUCAAAUACACGAAGUACGAAUCACAAAUCAAACAAUGUAUUUAUAUCCAAGUAUAGAGGAUGCUCGAUUUCAAAUUAUGCAACAAUUAUUCGCAUGGCAGGCAAUUGUUACAUCGCAAAUUCGUCUUCAAAGUUCAAGAUAUCAGGUUGGUCUUGAUAAACCUGAAUCUGGAACUUAUAGAAAUUUAUUGACAAAAUUACCACUUGGUAAAACACCAUUGGAAGCUGCUUACGGUGCUAUUGAAAGUAAAAUGAAAGAUGUUGCCGUUUAUGUAGAUCAAUGGCUGAGAUAUCAAGCUUUAUGGGAUUUGCAACCUGAUAAUUUGUACGGUAAACUUGGUGAAGAUAUAAGUUUGUGGAUGAAGUGUUUGAAUGAUAUAAAGAAGACAAGAACAACAUUCGAUACAUCUGAUACUAGAAGGGAAUUUGGACCAAUUAUUAUUGAUUUUGCCAAAGUACAAAGUAAAGUUUCCUUGAAAUAUGAUUCAUGGCAUAAGGAAACAUUGGGAAAAUUCGGUACACUCCUUGGUAAUGAAAUGACUAGUUUUCAUGCACAAGUUUCAAAAUCGAGAAGUGAUCUUGAACAACAAUCAAUUGAAGCUGCGAGUACAACGGACGCUGUUGGAUUUAUAACUUAUGUUCAAUCGUUGAAACGAAAAAUGAAAGUAUGGGAAAAACAGGUUGAUAUUUAUCGAGAGGGACAGAGGAUUCUGGAAAGGCAGAGAUUUCAAUUUCCCUCUACUUGGUUACAUGUGGAUAAUAUUGACGGUGAAUGGGGAGCAUUUAAUGAAAUUAUUAAACGUAAGGAUAGUAAUAUACAAACACAAGUGGCUUCAUUGCAAAUGAAAAUUGUCGCCGAGGAUAAAGCAGUUGAGACAAGGACUACUGAUUUUCUCGCUGAUUGGGAGAAGGGGAAACCAGUUGAGGGUCAUUUGCGACCUGACGAUGCACUUCAGCAGUUACAAAUGUUUGAAAGUAAAUUUGCAAGAUUAAAGGAAGAAAGAGAUAAUGUUACUAAAGCUAAAGAGGCAUUGGAAUUACAAGAACCAGGUUCAACAUCAGCAAGUGAAGAUAGAAUGCAAGUUAUAUUUGAAGAACUUCAAGAUUUAAGAGGCGUUUGGUCGGAAUUAUCGAGAAUUUGGACACAAAUUGAUGAAACAAGAGAAAAACCCUGGUUAUCCGUUCAACCAAGAAAAUUACGUCAACAAUUAGAUACAAUGAUGACACAAUUAAAAGAACUUCCAGCAAGACUUAGACAAUAUUCAUCCUAUGAAUAUGUGAAAAAAAUGUUACAAAGUUAUACCAAAGUUAAUAUGCUAAUUGUUGAACUUAAAUCUGAUGCAUUAAAAGAAAGACAUUGGAAACAACUUACAAAACAAUUGAGAGUUAGUUGGAUACUCAGUGAACUUACACUUGGACAAGUUUGGGAUGUUAAUUUACAAAAGAAUGAAGGAAUCGUCAAGGAUAUUAUACUCGUUGCACAAGGUGAAAUGGCACUUGAAGAAUUUCUCAAACAAGUACGUGAAUCAUGGCAAACUUAUGAAUUAGAUCUUAUAAAUUAUCAAAAUAAAUGUCGUCUAAUUCGAGGAUGGGACGAUUUGUUUAAUAAAGUAAAGGAACAUAUUAAUUCCGUUGCUGCUAUGAAAUUAUCACCGUAUUAUAAAGUAUUUGAAGAGGAAGCUUUAACAUGGGAGGAGAAAUUAAAUAGAAUAAAUGCCUUAUUUGAUGUUUGGAUUGAUGUUCAAAGACGUUGGGUUUAUUUAGAAGGAAUAUUUUCCGGUAGUGCUGAUAUUAAAACUUUAUUACCCGUUGAAACAUCACGUUUUCAGAGUAUAAGUUCAGAAUUUUUGGGUCUAAUGAAAAAAGUUUCCAAAUCGCCUAUGGUAAUGGAUGUUUUAAAUAUUCCUGGUGUUCAAAGAGCUUUGGAACGUCUUGCUGAUCUUUUGGGUAAAAUCCAAAAAGCACUUGGUGAAUAUUUGGAAAGAGAAAGAACAUCAUUUCCAAGAUUUUACUUUGUUGGUGAUGAGGAUUUAUUGGAAAUUAUUGGUAAUAGUAAAAAUGUUGCGAGACUACAGAAACAUUUUAAAAAAAUGUUUGCUGGUGUUGCUUCAAUUCUUUUGAAUGAAGAUAAUACAGUUAUUACCGGUAUUGCUUCACGUGAAGGUGAGGAGGUGAAAUUUCAAAAUCCAGUAUCGACCGUCGAUUAUCCGAAAAUUAAUGAAUGGUUAACACUUGUGGAAAAAGCAAUGAGAGUGACACUUGCUUCGAGUCUUAUGAAAGCCGUGCAGGAUAUUAAACAAUUUAAAGAGGGAAAUAUAAAUCCACAUGCUUUUAUGACAUGGUGUGAUAAUUAUCAGGCGCAAAUUAUUGUAUUGGCAGCACAAAUUUUAUGGUCUGAAGAUGUUGAAGCUGCUUUACAUGAGGCACAAACAGUUAACAAUAGCAGUCCAUUAGAAAAAGUUUUGGUACAAGUUGAAGGAACUUUAAAUAUUUUGGCCGAUUCUGUUCUACAGGAGCAACCAUCAUUGAGAAGAAAAAAACUUGAACAUUUGAUCAAUGAAUUUGUACAUAAACGUACUGUCACUAGGAGACUAAUUGCAAAUAAAGUUUCUAAUCCAAAGGCUUUUGAAUGGCUUUGUGAAAUGAGAUUUUACUUUGAUCCUAGACAAACGGAUGUUUUGCAACAAUUAACAAUACAUAUGGCGAAUGCAAAGUUCUAUUAUGGCUUUGAAUAUCUUGGCGUUCAAGAUAGAUUGGUACAAACACCACUCACCGAUCGAUGUUACUUGACAAUGACACAGGCUUUAGAAGCACGUCUUGGUGGUUCACCAUUUGGACCUGCAGGCACUGGAAAAACUGAAUCUGUUAAAGCGUUGGGUCAUCAACUCGGCAGAUUUGUUUUGGUCUUUAAUUGCGAUGAAACGUUUGACUUUCAGGCUAUGGGACGAAUAUUUGUCGGACUUUGCCAAGUCGGUGCUUGGGGAUGUUUUGAUGAAUUUAAUCGUUUAGAAGAGAGAAUGUUAUCAGCUGUCUCACAACAAGUGCAAACUAUUCAGGAAGCACUUAAAAGUCAAAUGGAAGGUAAAAAGGAAGGAACUCUUUGUGUUGAAUUAGUUGGAAAACAAGUUAAAGUAUCAACCGACAUGGCAAUAUUUAUAACAAUGAAUCCUGGAUAUGCUGGUAGAUCUAAUUUGCCUGAUAAUUUGAAAAAAUUAUUUAGAUCUCUAGCUAUGACUACUCCAGAUCGUCAAUUAAUCGCUGAAGUUAUGUUAUUCAGUCAAGGUUUUAGAACUGCCGAAAAAUUGGCUUGCAAAAUUGUGCCAUUCUUUAAAUUGUGCGACGAACAACUAUCAAAUCAAUCGCAUUAUGACUUUGGUCUGCGUGCGCUAAAAUCCGUUUUGAUUUCUGCUGGAAAUGUAAAACGUGAUCGUAUACAAAAAAUUAAGGAAGGAAUGAAAAAUCGUGGCGAUGUAGAUAUUGAUGAAGCAUCAAUUGCUGAAAAUUUACCAGAGCAAGAGAUUUUAAUUCAAUCUGUAUGUGAAACAUUGGUUCCUAAAUUAGUCGCAGAAGAUAUUCCGUUAUUAUUCAGUUUAUUGAAUGAUGUAUUUCCAAAUGUUGGUUAUACUCGUGCUGAAAUGAAAGGUUUGAAAGAUCAAAUUCGUAAAGUAUGUGCUGAGGAAUUUCUUGUUUGCGGAGAAGGAGAAGAACAGGGAGGUGCCUGGCAGGAAAAAGAGGUGAUUGGUGAGACUUGGGUACAAAAGGUUCUACAAUUGUAUCAAAUUUGCAAUCUCAAUCAUGGUUUAAUGAUGGUUGGACCAAGUGGAUCUGGAAAAAGUAUGGCAUGGAGAAUUUUAUUGAAAGCAUUAGAGAGAUUUGAAGGAGUUGAAGGUGUGGCACAUGUAAUUGAUCCAAAAGCAAUAAGCAAAGAAACCUUGUACGGUGUAUUAGAUCCAAAUACUCGUGAAUGGACAGAUGGAUUAUUUACCCAUAUUCUAAGAAAAAUUAUCGAUAAUGUUAGAGGGGAAAUAAAUAAAAGGCAGUGGAUUAUUUUUGAUGGUGAUGUUGAUCCAGAAUGGGUGGAAAAUUUAAAUUCUGUACUUGAUGAUAAUAAACUUUUAACACUUCCAAAUGGUGAACGUUUGAGUUUACCACCAAAUGUAAGAGUUAUGUUUGAAGUGCAAGAUCUUAAGUAUGCAACACUUGCCACAGUUUCAAGAUGUGGCAUGGUUUGGUUUUCGGAGGAUGUACUGUCAACUGAAAUGAUUUUUGAGAAUUAUAUGAUGAGAUUAAAGAAUAUUCCAUUGGAAGAUGGAGAUGAGGAAAAUUUUGUUAAGAAGACUGCAGAUAAGGAAGAUUCUUUAUCGCCUGCUCUUUCGGUUCAACGUGAAGUGGCUUGCAUUUUACAAAGUUACUUUGCACCUGAUGGAUUAGUUGUUAAAUGUAUGGAAUAUGCAAUGCGUCAAGAGCAUAUUAUGGAUUUCACGAGAUUACGCGCACUUAGUUCAUUAUUUUCAAUGUUGAAUCAAGCUGUUCGCAAUGUCUUAGUGUAUAAUCAUGCUCACAUUGAUUUUCCAUUGCCAAGCGAACAAUUGGAACGCUACAUGCCAAAAUGUCUUGUUUAUGCUUUACUUUGGAGUUUUGCUGGUGACGCUAAAUUAAAAGUUCGAUCUGAUGUUGGCGAUUUUAUAAGAUCUAUUACUACCAUACCAUUACCAACUUUGAAUAAUGUUCCAAUUAUUGAUUUUGAAGUUAAUAUUCAUGGUGAAUGGUUAUUGUGGAGUAAUAAAGUACCUCAAAUUGAAGUAGAAACACAUAAAGUGGCAAGUCCAGAUAUUGUUGUUCCUACAUUGGAUACCGUGAGACAUGAAAGUUUACUUUACACCUGGUUGGCUGAACACAAACCACUCGUUCUUUGCGGUCCUCCGGGUUCUGGUAAAACAAUGACACUUUUCUCCGCACUACGUGCUCUUCCUGAUAUGGAAGUAGUUGGAUUGAAUUUUUCCUCUGCAACAACACCGGAAUUACUAUUAAAAACUUUUGAUCAUUAUUGUGAAUAUCGCAAAACAUCGAAUGGAGUUGUACUUUCACCAGUACAAUUGGGCAAAUGGCUUGUUCUAUUUUGUGAUGAAAUUAAUUUACCUGAUAUGGAUAAUUAUGGUACGCAAAGAGUUAUUUCAUUUUUAAGACAAUUAGUUGAGCACAAAGGAUUUUAUCGUACCAGUGAUCAACAGUGGGUAACAUUGGAAAGAAUACAAUUUGUUGGUGCUUGUAAUCCGCCAACUGAUCCUGGAAGAAAACCAUUGAGUCAUCGAUUUUUACGUCAUGUACCAGUGAUAUAUGUUGAUUAUCCAGGUGAAACAUCACUUAAGCAGAUUUAUGGAACAUUUACACGUGCAAUGCUCAGAUUGACACCAUCAUUAAGAGGAUUUUCUGAAUCCUUAACAAAUGCAAUGGUGGAAUUUUAUUUAGCAUCUCAAGAAAGAUUCACACAGGAUAUGCAACCUCAUUAUGUUUAUUCACCACGUGAAAUGACGCGAUGGGUUCGUGGUAUUUGUGAAGCAAUUAGACCAUUGGAUAAUCUUUCUGUUGAAGGAUUAGUACGUUUAUGGGCACAUGAAGCAUUACGUUUAUUCCAAGAUCGAUUGGUUGAUGAUAAUGAACGUGCUUGGACUAAUAAAAAUAUUGAUUCUGUUGCCAUGAAACAUUUUAUUGGUGUUGAUAAAGAAAAAUCACUUUCAAGACCAAUUCUCUAUAGUAAUUGGCUUUCUAAAGAUUAUGUACCAGUAAAUAGACAAGAAUUACGAGAUUACGUUAGAGCAAGACUUAAGGUAUUCUAUGAAGAGGAAUUAGAUGUUCCACUUGUACUUUUUGAUGAAGUAUUGGAACAUGUUUUAAGAAUUGACAGAAUAUUCCGACAACCACAAGGACACUUGCUAUUGAUUGGUGUUUCUGGCGCUGGAAAAACCACAUUAUCAAGAUUUGUCGCAUGGAUGAAUGGAUUGUCCAUUUUCCAAAUAAAGGUGCAUAAUAAAUACACUGGUGAAGAUUUUGAUGAGGAUUUACGUCAAGUAUUAAGAAGAUCAGGUUGUAAGGAUGAGAAAAUAGCAUUUAUUUUAGAUGAAUCAAAUGUUCUUGAUUCGGGCUUUUUGGAACGUAUGAAUACAUUGCUAGCAAAUGGAGAAGUUCCAGGAUUAUUUGAAGGAGAUGAAUAUACAACAUUGAUGACACAAUGUAAAGAAGGAGCACAAAGAGAGGGCCUCAUGUUAGAUUCAAAUGAAGAAUUAUAUAAAUGGUUCACUGGACAAGUGAUGAAAAAUUUACACGUUGUAUUUACAAUGAAUCCAAAUACUGAUGGUUUAAAAGAUAGAGCCGCAACAUCACCUGCUCUAUUUAAUCGAUGUGUGUUAAAUUGGUUUGGUGAUUGGUCUGAUAAUGCUCUAUUUCAAGUUGGCAAAGAAUUUACAAGUCGAAUUGAUUUGGAAAGACCAUCAUGGAAAUGUCCUGACUUUUUCCCAUCAGCUUGCUCAUUAAUAACAGCACAACCAUCACAUAGAGAUGCAGUGAUAAAUGCCUUUGUCUAUGUUCAUCAAACUUUACAUAAAGCAAAUACAAGAUUAGCAAAAAGAGGCAGUAGAACAAUGGCUAUUACACCGAGACAUUAUUUGGAUUUUAUUAAUCAUUUCGUUAAACUUUAUCGUGAAAAACGAAGUGAUUUGGAAGAGCAGCAGUUACAUUUAAAUGUUGGAUUAGGUAAAAUAGCCGAAACUGUCGAACAAGUUGAAGAAAUGCAAAAAAGUUUAGCAGUUAAAUCUCAGGAACUACAAGCGAAAAAUGAUGCAGCAAAUGCAAAACUGAGACAAAUGGUUAAAGAUCAACAAGAAGCGGAAAAGAAAAAAGUUCAAAGUCAAGAAAUUCAACAACAAUUAGCUAUUCAAACAGUGGCUAUUGAUCAAAAAAGAGAAGACGUAAUGGCAGAUUUAGCACAAGUAGAACCAGCUGUAAUUGAUGCACAAAAUGCUGUUAAAUCAAUAAAGAAACAACAUUUAGUGGAAGUUCGAUCUAUGGCAAAUCCUCCAGCUGUUGUUAAACUUGCCUUGGAAUCAAUUUGUCUAUUGUUAGGCGAAAACGCAAGUGACUGGAAAUCUAUUCGAGCUGUUAUUAUGAGAGACAAUUUCAUUAAUACCAUUGUUUCCAAUUUUAGUACUGAUGAUAUUACCGAUGAAGUUAGGGAGAAAAUGAAAAGUCGUUAUCUUUGCAAUCCAGAUUACAAUUUUGAAAAAGUAAAUCGUGCCAGUAUGGCUUGUGGUCCUAUGGUAAAAUGGGCAAUAGCACAGAUUGAAUAUGCUGAUAUGUUGAAACGAGUCGAACCAUUGAGAGAUGAAUUGCAUUCUCUCGAACGUCAAGCUGAAACAAAUAAAUUAAAAGGCGAAGAAGUGAAAAAUUUGAUUGCUCAAUUAGAACAAAGUAUUGCGUCUUAUAAAGAAGAAUAUGCACAAUUAAUUUCACAAGCACAAGCUAUAAAAACGGAUUUAGAAAAUGUUCAAGGAAAAGUUGAUCGCUCUAUUGCAUUAUUAAAAUCGUUAGUAAUUGAAAGAGAAAGAUGGGAAACAACAAGUGAAACAUUUAGAAGUCAAAUGUCAACAAUAAUAGGCGAUGUUCUUCUUUCAUCUGCAUUCCUAGCUUAUGCUGGAUACUUUGAUCAACAUUAUCGUCAAAAUCUGUUUACAACUUGGUGCCAACACUUGCAGCAUGCAAAUAUUCAAUUUAGACCCGAUAUUGCAAGAACUGAAUAUUUAUCAAAUCCAGAUGAACGUUUACGUUGGCAGGCAAAUGCAUUACCAACUGAUGAUUUAUGCACAGAAAAUGCUAUAAUGUUAAAACGAUUUAACAGAUAUCCAUUAAUAAUUGAUCCUUCGGGUCAAGCAACUGAAUUUAUAAUGAAUGAAUUUAAAGAUCGUAAAAUAACAAAGACCAGCUUUUUGGAUGAUUCUUUCAGAAAAAAUUUGGAAAGUGCUUUAAGAUUUGGCAAUCCUCUAUUAGUACAAGAUGUUGAAAAUUAUGAUCCUGUUUUAAAUCCCGUUUUAAAUAGAGAAUUACGACGAACAGGUGGUCGUGUUUUAAUAACACUUGGCGAUCAAGAUAUUGAUCUUUCGCCAUCGUUUGUUAUAUUUCUAUCAACGAGAGAUCCAACAGUUGAAUUUCCACCCGAUAUAUGUUCUCGUGUGACAUUUGUUAAUUUCACAGUUACACGAAGUUCUCUACAGAGUCAGUGUCUGAAUCAAGUAUUGAAAGCUGAACGUCCCGAUAUUGAUGAAAAACGUUCAGAUUUAUUGAAAUUACAAGGUGAAUUUCAUCUUCGAUUGAGACAAUUGGAAAAAUCUUUACUUCAAGCAUUAAAUGAUGCAAAGGGUAAAAUUUUGGAUGAUGAUUCGGUUAUUACAACACUAGAGACAUUGAAACAAGAAGCGGCGGAUAUUAGUAAAAAAGUUGAGGAAACCGAUAAGGUAAUUGGAGAAAUUGAAACUGUUUCUCAACAAUAUAUGCCACUUUCACAGGCGUGUUCUAAUAUUUAUUUCACAAUGGAUAGUUUGAAUCAGAUACAUUUUCUCUAUCAGUAUUCAUUAAAAAUGUUUUUGGAUAUUUUUACGUCUGUCUUAUGUCAAAAUGAGAAACUAUCAACAUUGACUGAUUAUACACAGAGACUGUCGGUAAUCACUAAUGAUUUAUUUUCUGCCUGUUAUGAACGUGUCGCUAGGGGAAUGUUACAUACUGAUAGAUUGACAUUUGCUCUUUUAUUGUGUCGUAUACAUUUGAAGGGAAUUGCAACUGAAUCGACGUACGAUAAUGAAUUUGCUUUCUUUUUACGAGGAAAAGAAGGUGUAUUGAGUGUACGUGGACAGACGGUACUUUGUCUUGGUUCAGAACAACAGGAAGCAAUGGUGAGAUUGAGUUUGAGAGUUCCGGCAUUUAAAAAUAUUGCCAAUGUUAUUCAGGAGAAUGCGGAAUUUAACAAAUGGUUACAGUGUCCAACACCUGAAACUUGUGUUCCAAAACUUUGGGAGGAGGAGAAACCGUUGUCAUCAAUUGGUGUUGCUAUGUAUCAAUUGUUGGUUAUUCAGGCAUUCCGUCCCGAUAGAGUAAUAGCGGCAACUUCAUUGUUUGUAAGCUCGGCAUUGGGUGAGACAUUUAUGGCUGAGGCUGAAAUUGAAUUAGAUUUUGGUUCGGUUGUUGAGAAUCAGCUAAAAGCAACGGUACCGGCUUUAUUGUGUUCGGUUCCUGGUUUUGAUGCAUCGGGUAGAGUUGAUGAUUUAGCGGCGGAACUUGGUAAACAAAUUGCAAGUAUUGCUAUUGGUUCAGCGGAAGGUUUUCAUCAGGCUGAUAGAGCUAUUAAUAUGGCUGUUAAAGCUGGUAGAUGGGUACUAUUGAAAAAUGUACAUCUUGCUCCACAAUGGUUAAUUCAGUUGGAAAAGAAAUUGCAUAGUUUACAACCACACGCUAGUUUCCGUCUUUUCCUCACUAUGGAAAUAAAUCCCAAAGUACCGGUUAAUUUAUUGAGAGCCGGUCGUAUAUUUGUUUAUGAACCACCUCCGGGUAUUAGGGCAAAUUUAUUGCGUACUUUUAGUACAGUACCAGCGUCAAGAAUGAUGAAGGUGCCUAGUGAAAGAGCGAGAUUAUACUUUUUACUUGCCUGGUUCCACGCUAUUGUUCAGGAGAGACUUCGUUACGUUCCUCUUGGAUGGGCGAAAUAUUAUGAAUUCAACGAAAGUGAUUUACGCGUCGCUUGUGAUACUUUAGACACCUGGAUAGAAACAACAGCAAUGGGAAGAACUAAUUUACCACCGGAAAAAGUUCCUUGGGAUGCUUUAGUUACCCUUCUGUCUCAAUGUAUUUAUGGAGGAAAAAUUGAUAACGAUUUUGAUCAACGUCUAUUGGCUUCGUUUCUUCGUAAACUAUUUACGCCACGUUCAUUUGAAGCUGAUUUUGCAUUGGUUGCAAAUGUUGAUGGUGUACAGGGAAGUCAGCGUCACAUUACAAUGCCUGAUGGUACAAGACGGGAUCACUUUUUAAAAUGGAUUGAAUUACUUUCGGAUCGUCAAACUCCCUCUUGGCUUGGUUUGCCAAAUAAUGCUGAAAAAGUAUUACUGACAACAAGGGGUACAGAUCUUGUUUCAAAAUUAUUAAAAAUGCAACAAUUGGAAGAUGAGGAUGAAUUGGCAUAUUCUAAUGAUGAAUCAUUGGAUACACCUGGAGAAGCUGAAGGUGAUGGUCGACCUUCAUGGAUGAAAACAUUGCAUAAUUCUGCUACAACUUGGUUACAAUUGUUGCCGAAGAAUUUGGCUAUUUUGAAAAGAACUGUGGAAAAUAUUAAAGAUCCAUUAUAUAGAUAUUUCGAGCGUGAGGUCAAUAGUGGCUCUAAAUUACUUCAAGAUGUCAUUCACGAUUUAGAAGACGUUGUACUUAUUUGUCAGGGUGAAAAGAAGCAAACGAAUUAUCAUAGAACUAUAUUGUCUGAACUGAUAAAAGGUAUUUUACCAAGUGGUUGGAGAAGGUAUACGGUUCCAAGAGGAUGUACUGUAAUUCAAUGGAUUACAGACUUUAGCCAUAGAGUGUCACAAUUGCAAGAAGUUUCUAGACUAGUAUCACAAGGUGGAGCAAAGGAAAUUAAGAGUUUUCCUGUUUGGCUUGGAGGUUUAUUGAAUCCAGAAGCAUACAUAACAGCCACUAGACAAUGCAUUGCUCAAGCUAAUAGUUGGUCUCUUGAAGAACUCCAUUUGGAUGUUAUGAUUGGAGAUGGUGAUAAUUUAGCGACCGAUGAUUGCUCUUUUGCUGUAACUGGACUUAAAUUACAAGGAGCACAUUGUAAGGAUAAUCAAUUAUAUCUGACGUCAACUAUUAUGACAGAUUUACCUGUAACAAUGCUACGAUGGAUUCGGUCAUCAAACGAAGAAACUAAAAAAGGAAAAUUGACAUUACCAGUUUAUUUAAACAGUACAAGAACGGAAUUAUUAUUUACAGUUGACUUAAAUAUUGCUCCAAGUCAAGAUCCGCACAGUUUUUACGAGAGAGGUGUUGCAGUUCUUACAUCUACUGCAUUAAAUUAAUUUAAAUUUUAUCAAAUAAAAAAAAACAAUAUUUAUCCCUUUUCAUAGAUAAAAUAUUGCUAUUCUGUCUUUUUUAGAUUUAUUUAUAUCUGCUUUUUUAUGUAACAUUAUUUCAAUAAUAAUUUUAAUAAAUGAUGAAAUAUUUAAUGGA